AUGGCAAAAACGAAUGAACUGAGCAUUGAAAAACGUGCGAAAAUACAGGUUCUCCAUGAACAAGGGAAGUCCCAGGUAGACAUUGCAAAAACAGUGAAGUGCUCGCGUCGAUGUGUACAAUACACUAUCCAGCGAUUCUCUCAGACCAGUUCACAUAAAGAUAGGCCUAGAUCUGGCCGCAAACGGAUCACUACAGAUCGCGAAGACCGAAUAUUGACGAGAGAAUCUUUGAAAAAUCGGAAAAAACUUCUUUGGUCCUCGCUGCCGAACUAUCAGAGCAAAUUAAUAGACCGAUUUCUACUCGAACUGUUCGCCGAAGGCUUCAAGAAGUUGGUCUAA